CACUGGUGCAGGCAGGUGACAUGGAAGGCGCGGUUCAAGCGUACAUGACGGCUCUUCAGUAUAACCCAGUGAGUAUGAAGGACUUGUACUGUGUACGCAGUGACCUCGGAAACCUGUUGAAGGCCCUUGGCCGACUGGAUGAGGCUAAGGUAAGAACAGUGGUAUACAGUGUAGUUACUGUACAAUAAUUUCAAUUUAAAAAAAAAUUAAUAAUUCUUUAAAAGUGGACUUAAAAUUUAAAUGAAGAUUAUAACAUUAGCCCUUAAUCAAAUAAUUUUUAAUAAGUAAAAUGGCUAAUAGUCAUAAAAUAGGAUAAUUAUGAUGACAACAAUUAAUAAUGACAAUUUUUUUUUUUGGCUAUUUCUAACUAAAUGUUUUAUGUUAGGUAAAUAUAAGGUUUAGAAUGUAACAUAAAUCUUGCUAUCUGGUUAUAUACUAUAGACCUCAAUAUAAUUUGAAAGGCCAAUUAGAUUUUCCUGUCAUAAAAAGACUUUUUAACUAAAUAGUUAACUAUAAUGUUUAUAUAUUUGAUUAUUUUGAUUUAGGUAAAGGUUUAAGUCUAAUUUGAGAAUCUGUAUUUGCAGAUUACUUUAUUUUUGCUAUUUUUGUAAGAUGUUCAGAUUUCUUAAUACUUUCAUCUGUUUUUGGAAAUUAUUUUCUGGUCACAAGAGUGACAAUUUGAACCUGAUAACUUUUUAUUGUUUAUAUUGUUAUAAACAAUAUAAACCUUGUUUCAUUGACAAGUACGUCAAAUACAGUGUGUUUUGAUGUCAAAAUUUUAGUAACUGUUCGCUGAAGACAUGUUAAUUCUUUGCAUUCUGUGCCUAUGUUCCUAACGCAAACAGGGGCGGCAGCCGCGCAUCCUCUGCUUUCUGUGUGAUUGUGAAAGAAUUAAAGCGCUUCUUUUUCAGACAUUUGCGCAUUUUGUUUGGUGCAUGCUUACAACUAGUGCGCCAAAAAGGACACAGCUAAAACUGCAUUUUUUGCGUUAAGUGGGUAUUUACCCAUUGAUUAUCUUUGAGUAUGGCAAGGAAUAGUCGUCUUCAAGAAACACUUCAAGAGUUGCCGGAGCCAUAGUCAAAGAUAACAGCUUGCAGCUUGCGUAGUUGAAUGGCGGAGGCUUAGCGGAUUUUAAGAAUUUUUCUUUCAUUACAGCUUUUUUUCCAGAAGUUGUCUUUAUAUCAGCAAAGCUACAGAAUGCUGCUGUGACAUAAAACCUUUCUAUGCAAAACGUAGCCCAUUCCGCAAAUUUGCUCUUUUUUGGUCAUUCAUAAUAUAAUUGUUUUAAAUAGUUCAGUAAUCAAUUAUUUAAUCCAUAUUUUUAUUGAUUUUGUUUUGUAAAGUGAAGUUUUGUCUCAGAGCCGCAUUCUAUUUCCCUUAUCCCAGCGCGUUGCAGUGAGUAAAGUCACGAAAUGUGUUAGAAAUAACAUGAGUAACUGGAGCAAACAAACCAAAAACCAUAUUAUGUAUUCACAAACAACAAGCUUACUUCCACUUGUUAACUGGUGUACUCUCUUUUUCUAUGUUUGACAGAUUUUACUAAUGAUAUUUUUGAUUUUUAUUUUCUCUUGUUCUGACCUGACAUUUCUCAAAGGGUCCACAACUGAGGAGUUACAAGCGAUGCAGAUACUUUGUGCCGCAGGUCACUUGGAUUGAUGCUGGCCAUACCAUCAACUGAACUGUGGUCGGCAUGUUACCUGAAAGCAAUAGAAUCGCAACCCAACUUCGCAGUGGCUUGGAGUAAUCUUGGUUGUGUCUUCAACAGUCAGGGAGAAAUAUGGCUGGCAAUACAUCAUUUUGAAAAGGCUGUGACGUUGGAUCCAAACUUCCUGGAUGCAUACAUUAAUCUAGGAAAUGUGCUGAAAGAAGCGAGGAUCUACGACAGAGCAGUUGCAGCUUAUCUUAGAGCUCUCCAGCUGAGCCCAAGUCAUGCCGUUGUCCAUGGCAACCUGGCUUGUGUUUACUAUGAACAAGGACUGAUUGAUCUCGCAAUAGACACAUACAGACGCGCAAUAGAACUCCAACCACAUUUCCCAGAUGCAUAUUGUAACCUAGCAAACGCCCUCAAAGAGAAAGGCCAGGUCCAGGAUGCGGAGGAAUGCUACAACUCGGCGUUGCGUCUGUGUCCUACGCAUGCCGACUCCCUCAACAACCUAGCCAACAUCAAACGUGAGCAAGGUAAAACGGAGGAAGCGAUCCGCCUCUACUGUAAAGCAUUGGAGGUGUUUCCAGAGUUCGCUGCUGCUCACUCAAAUCUUGCGAGUGUGCUACAACAGCAAGGAAAACUACAAGAAGCUCUCAUGCAUUAUAAAGAAGCAAUAAGGAUCUCGCCAACAUUUGCUGAUGCAUACUCAAACAUGGGCAACACAUUGAAGGAGAUGCAAGAUAUACAAGGGGCAUUGCAGUGCUACACCAGAGCCAUACAGAUCAACCCAGCAUUUGCUGAUGCACACAGUAACCUUGCCUCAAUUCACAAGGACUCGGGCAAUAUCCCGGAAGCCAUUGCCUCAUACAGAACAGCUCUAAAAUUGAAGCCAGACUUUCCUGAUGCAUACUGCAAUUUGGCACAUUGUCUACAGAUUGUAUGCGACUGGGCAGAUUACGAGGCGCGUAUGAAGCAGUUAGUGUCCAUAGUGGCUGAGCAGUUGGAGAAAAACCGUCUUCCAUCUGUGCACCCCCAUCACAGUAUGCUGUAUCCGUUGUCCCACUCCUUCAGGAAAGCCAUCGCUAAUCGACAUGGCAAUCUCUGCUUGGAAAAGAUUACGGUUUUGCAAAAACCUCAAUACACCUAUCCUAAAGACUUGUCAGCUAGCAACGGCCGGCUAAGGAUUGGCUAUGUGAGCUCGGAUUUUGGAAACCACCCGACAUCUCAUCUUAUGCAGAGUAUACCAGGCAUGCAUAACAGAGACAAAGUAGAGGUAUUUUGCUAUGCUCUUAGCGCUGAUGAUGGUACCAAUUUCCGAACAAAAAUAUCAAGAGAAGCAGAACAUUUUGUGGAUUUAUCAGCAGUAACUUGCAAUGGUAAGGCAGCAGAUAGAAUCAAUGCUGAUGGUGUACACAUCCUGUUGAAUAUGAAUGGCUACACAAAAGGUGCUAGGAAUGAAAUCUUCGCACUGAGGCCAGCACCUAUUCAGGCUAUGUGGCUAGGCUACCCAGGCACAAGUGGCGCACCAUUCAUGGAUUACAUCAUCACCGACCGCAACACCUCUCCUGUUGAGCUGGCCCACCAGUAUUCCGAGAAGCUAGCCUACAUGCCUAACACGUUCUUCAUUGGCGAUCACUGGCAUAUGUUCCCUCACCUGAUCGAUAAAGGCCUGCUAGAUAAGGAUGGCAAACAGAGAAAUGACAAGAACAUCAUCAAUGCUCUCAAUCUGAAACAACUGGCUCAGGAUAAUAUGAAACCCGAAAUGAAUGGGAUGUCAGACAAACUGCCAUUCAAGACCGUCGCAUCUUCCAUCUCAAACGCUGUCAAUGCCAUGGUGUCGCAAGGACAGGUUCAGAUCUCAACACCUCAAGGCGUCAUCAUCAACGGACUCGCCGCCAGCCAAACACUGCCUAAAGCUGCCACCGGAGAAGAGGUUCCACCAAACCCACUUGUCACAACCAGGAAUAUGUACGGCCUGCCAGACGAUGCCAUCGUGUAUUGUAACUUUAACCAGCUGUACAAGAUUGAUCCAUCUACACUGUCUAUGUGGGUUUCGAUUAUCCAAAAAGUGCCAAAUAGUGUUUUGUGGUUGCUAAGGUUCCCGGCUGUCGGUGAAGCCCACCUAACCGCCACCGCCCAGCAGAUGGGCUUGCCCGCAGGCCGCGUCAUCUUCUCAAAUGUAGCCCCUAAAGAAGAGCAUGUAAGGAGGGGUCAGCUGGCGGAUGUUUGCUUGGAUACCCCACUCUGCAAUGGACACACCACAGGAAUGGAUGUGCUCUGGGCUGGAACACCUAUGGUCACUCUUCCAGGUGAGACCCUAGCAUCAAGAGUUGCAGCAUCUCAACUGUAUGCGCUGGGUUGCCCAGAGCUUGUUGCUCGCAACAGGCAGGAGUACGAAGACAUUGCCGUGAGGCUGGGGACCGACCCGGAAUACCUCCUGAAAGUUAGGAACAAGGUGUGGCUGCGACGUGUAGAAAGCACGCUAUUUAAUACAAAAGUGUAUGCAACGGACCUAGAGAGACUCUGCUUUGCUAUGUUUGAACGAUUCUCAAAAGGAUUACCCAUCGACCACAUCAGGCAUUUAACGCCGCAAGGAUUCAAACCGCAUGAGGAGAUCGUAAACGGACGCUGAUUAUUGAAAUAUCGAUAUUGCCUGGUUUAAAAAAAGACUGUCGAAUAUAUUAAAGACUUGCCUAAUUAUGAUGCUAUCUAAACAUAUUUUAAUUUUAAUUAUGGUGGUAUGGCCAUGCUUGAACAAUCCUUAGGAUAAUAUAAUAUAAUAAUCUUUAUAUUUAAUAUUAAGAAAUGGUGAUAAAAUCUCAAAAUCUUUUAAUCAAGCUCAGCCAGAUUUGUUUAAAAAACCUUUUUUGUUCCGUCUGCAUUUAUUUGUUUAUAUGUGUAGUGGCUGUAGAUUGGUAACAAACUCGAACACACAUGCAAAGAAUAUUUACCAAUAUUCUGCAUUGUAGAUAAAUGGUUAUUUUGAUGGUCAUGAUUAAUUUUACCUUAAAGGGUGGCGUAUUUUGUGUAGCGUAUAUUGUAAAUUUUUUGAAAUGUAUAGGUAAAUGUUAUUGUAAUUAUCACUUUCAUUGCUUUUUUUUGUGCCAAUGAUGCAGUAUAGAAGGUUCUUGUUUGUUGGUUGGGUUGGUUGGUUGCCGAGUUGUGAUUUGCAUAGGUGGAUUGGCCAAUAAAAGUCGCCAUUGUUCAGGUGUAGAAUGUUCAGCUUGGCUUGUUGUAUAGGUUAAACAGAUGUAAGCAGAAUAAAUGCCUGUUCUUUAUUUGA